AUAAAGACUGUGAGAUGGAUUAUAAAUUCUGUUGUUCUUGGUAACCUUAAGCAAUAAUAAAUAUUAGAAAAUGGAGGGCAAUACUAAGGGACAUCACUUUGUUCUAGUUCAUGGGAUCUGCCACGGAGCUUGGUGCUGGUACAAGGUUAUUCCGAUACUCAGAUUUCACGGCCACCGGGUAACGGCGUUGGAUCUGGGCGCUUGCGGUGUCCAUCCAAAGCAACUCAAGGAGAUUACGACGGCGACAGAUUACGUUCAGCCGUUGAUUGACUUUUUGGGCCGGGUUCCAGCUGAUGAGAAGGUGGUUUUGGUUGGUCAUAGUUAUGGUGGACUUGCGAUUUCUCUUGCCAUGCAGAGUUUCCCAAACAAGGUCUUAGCGUCCGUCUUCAUAGCUGCUUACAUGCCUAAUUCCAGCACCCCUCCAGCCACUCUUAUUCAAGAGUAUUUUAGAAGGCUUACACAUAAAUCUCUAAUGGAUUGUCAAGUAACAUUCGAUGGAGGACACGAAAAUCCUCCAACUUCAAUCACUCUUGGUCCGAAUUUCAUGGAAGCUGUAGUUUACACACACUGCAAACUGGAGGAGGUGGAGCUGGGGAAAAUGUUAACAAGGC